CACGGGAAGGGAGGCGGGCCGGCCCCCCAGUCUCCUUCCCUCCCCACCGGGCCGGCCUCGCUGGGUGCAAUGUUUUGCCGGAGCGCGGGCCGGGGCCUCCGGGCUCUGGCGCUGCUGCAGUUGCAGCCGCCCGCCCGGGCAGCGCCGCUCACGGCCCGGGGACCGGCCGCCUGCUACGGUACUUCAAUAACAUCUGCCAAAAUCCAAGUGAAUGGAGUCCACCUGCAUUACCAACAAACAGGAGAAGGAAGCCAUGCAGUUCUUCUGCUUCCAGGAAUGCUAGGGAGUGGUGAAACUGAUUUUGGGCCGCAGCUUAAGUCUAUGAAUAAGCAACUUUUCACAGUUGUUGCUUGGGAUCCUCGGGGUUAUGGAAAGUCCAUUCCUCCGUCUCGAGACUUUCCUCCAGAUUUCUUUGAGAGGGAUGCAAAAGAUGCUGUGGAUCUUAUGCAGGCACUGAAGUUUAAGAAGUUCUCCUUGCUGGGGUGGAGUGAUGGUGGAAUUACAGCUCUCAUUGCUGCUGCGAAGUACCCAAAUCUUAUCCACAAGUUGGUUGUCUGGGGAGCAAAUGCCAGCGUUACUCAAGAGGAUGUGAGAAUUUACAAUGGCAUCAGAGAUGUUUCAAAAUGGAGUGAAAAGGUCAAGAAACCACUGGAAGAGCUGUAUGGACAUAAGUACUUUGCAGAAACCUGUGAGGCUUGGGUAGAUGGAAUAUCGCGCUUUGCUGAAAAUUCAGAUGGUAAUAUCUGCCAACAGUUGCUGCCAGAUAUUAAAUGUCCCACAUUUAUAAUUCAUGGUGAGAAAGACCCUUUGGUCCCACAAGCUCAUGCAGAAUACAUUCAUAAGCACAUCAAAGGCUCUCGGUUGCUUCUAAUGCCAGAAGGAAAGCAUAAUUUACACCUGCGUUUUGCAAAGGACUUCAACAGAGAAGUGGAAAAUUUCCUACGCUGACAUGAACUGUAAAACAAGUCAGAGGGGCUUAGCCUUUGCCUUGUUUAGGAGUUUUGGUUGGCUUUCAAUUUUCAAUGGAGUUAUAGGUAGGUUUGAGUCAUGUAAGAAAAGCAUUAAACAUAUUUGCAUGAGAAGCAUAUAUCUUAAUAACAUAAUGUAAGCCUCAGUGAUCAGACCUUACCACUGUAGUGCAAGAUUUCUGACAUGUCUUUGAACUUACUUGUUGCCACCCAGGCUGAACAGCUGUUCUUUGUCCAAUAGAGGUGUUAAGAAAGACAGAAGCCAUGAUCUUGAAUGCAUGCCUUUAUGUGCUCUUAAUAUUAAAGGACAAAAAACAU